AGAGGAGCGCUUCAGUUCACCGGUGUUCCCGAUAGAGGGCGCGCUAUGCGGAAGUGAUGAAAAUCCACCACUGACUACCAGACAGUACGCUGCAGGAGUCGCCAGCCUGGUUUAGCAUAGACGACUGUUAGAUUGUGUUAAUGCAAAACAUAGCGUUUAACUGAACAUCAGACGGGGAAUAAAUAUCCUUCAUCAUGUCAAAGAAUACGGUGUCCGAUCGUUUCCGUAAAGUGGAUGUGGAUGAAUACGACGAGAACAAGUUUGUGGACGAGGAAGAGGGAGGAGAAAACCAGCUGGGUCCAGAUGAGGCAGAGGUGGAUUCUCUCAUCAGACAAGGUAACCUUAUGGGUGCACUGCAGGCAGUGUUAAAAAACCCACCAAUCAACACAAAGAAUCAAAACGUCAAGGAUCGUGCUGAAGGUCUAGUGCUGAAGGUGCUCAGCUCCUUUAAGAGCACCGACAUAGAGAAGGGAGUUCAGUCUCUGGAUAAGAAUGGAGUAGAUCUGCUCAUGAAAUACAUCUACAAGGGGUUCGAGCGGCCUUCUGAGAACAGCAGCGCUGUCCUGCUGCAGUGGCAUGAAAAGGCUCUCUCUGCAGGUGGAGUGGGCUGCAUCGUGAGGGUCCUAACAGCCAGGAAAACAGUGUAAACUUCAGAGGAUGGAGCCAUCUCACUAAUCGUGACUUUCACUAAUGCUGUUAUAAAGUAUUAAUGUUUUGUCUUAAUGUAUCUGUGUCAGCAUUCCAAAGCACUUAUUGCCGUGGACCAUUGUUAUUGUGUGUGUCAGAAUGUAUGUGUCUGUAUCCAGUCUGCGUCAGGAGGCGUUUUUAAGCCAAUCGUGUUAAAUACUGCCUCAAAGCAGAUCAUUACUGAUCCAGUCUAAUCUGAGAGGUAUUGUCUGAUCACAGGGACCUGCCUCUACAAUGCAGUAAUACAUAAACACAAAGUGUACUCAAUAAACUCAAUAAACCAAACCGGUAUAAUGACUGCCUUACAAAAUAUUCCUUUUUUAUGUUUGUGCUUUUGUGAUUGAUUAAUAAAAUAUGUUAAAUAUA